GAGACAGUAGACCAGAAGCCAUUCAUGUGAUAUUGUCUUCUGCAGCAGACGAGCGCUGAGUCAUCUGGAGAAACACACCUGAGGGAGACGUGCAGAGAGAUUGGACAGUGUCGUUUCCCAGCACAGAAGGAAAAGGACGAAGUUACGUAACGCUGUGAGACGUAAACGCACGUGAUUCUUCAACGUGUAACAGCCGGCUGAGGGAAGUCCAUAUACGGUCGGACAGGUGUGUCGGCAGGUUCACAGCUGUGCUGGGAGGGUUUGACCUGCAGAGACAGAGACUCACAGAGACAGACAGACAAACACACAGACAGUCGUCACUGAGAGGUGAAAUGGAGCAGAAAGGAGUUCAGCUGGACCGGGAAACCUUCUCUUGUUCCAUCUGUCUGGAUCUACUGAAGGAGCCGGUGACUACUCCCUGUGGACACAGCUACUGCAUGAACUGUAUUAAAAGCCACUGGGAUGUAGAGGAUCAUAAGUACAGCUACAGCUGUCCUCAGUGCAGGAAGACGUUCACACCGAGGCCUGUCCUGCUGAAAAACACCAUGUUAGCAGAUUUAGUGGAGGAGCUGAAGAAGACUGGACUCCAAGCUGCUCCUGCUGAUCACUGCUAUGCUGGAGCUGAAGAUGUGGCCUGUGAUGUCUGCACCGGGAGAAAACUCAAAGCUCACAAGUCCUGUCUGAUCUGUCUUGUCUCUUACUGUGAGAAACACCUUCAAUGUCAUUAUAAUGUAGCUCCAUUAAAGAAACACAAGCUGGUGGAGCCGUCCAAGAAGCUCCAGGAGAACGUCUGCUCUCGUCAUGAUGAGGUGAUGAAGAUUUUCUGUCGUAGUGAUCAGCAGCUUAUCUGUUAUCUCUGCUUAAUGGAUGAACAUAAAGGCCACGACACAGUCUCAGCUGCAGCAGAGGCAGCUGAGAGGCAGAGAGAGCUCGAGGGGAGUCGACAAAACAUCCAGCAGAGAAUCCAGGACAGAGAGAAAGAUGUGAAGCUGCUUCAACAGCAGGUGGAAGCCAUCAAUCUCUCUGCUGAUAAAGCAGUGGAGGACAGCGAGAAGAUCUUCACUGAGCUGAUCCGUCUCCUGGAGAAAAGAAGCUCGGAUGUGAAGCAGCAGGUCAGAUCCCAGCAGAAAAGUGAAGUGAGUCGAGUCAAAGAUCUUCAGGAGAAGCUGGAGCAGGAGAUCACUGAGCUGAAGAGGAGAGACGCUGAGCUGAAGAAGCUCUCGCACACAGAGGAUCACAACCAGUUUCUACACAACUACCCCUCACUGUCACCACUCAGCCAAUCAACAUCCAGCAUCCAUAUCCUUCCUCUGAGCUGCUUUGAGGACGUGACAGCGGCCAUGUCAGAAGUCAGAGAUGAACUACAGGACGUCCUGAGAGAAGAGUGGACAAACGUCUCACUGACAGGGACUGAAGUGGACGUUUUACUGCCACAACCAGAGCCCAAGACCAGAGCUGGAUUCUUAAAAUAUUCACGUGAAAUCACACUGGAUCCAAACACAGCAUACACAUGGCUGUUAUUAUCUGAGGGGAACAGGAAAGCAACAGUAAUGAGUCAACAUCAAUCUUAUUCUAGUCACCCAGACAGAUUCACUGAAGAGUGUCAGGUCCUGAGUAGAGAGAGUCUGACUGGACGUUGUUACUGGGAGGUGGAGAUGAGAGGAGAAGAAGGAGGAGGAGUUAAAGUAGCAGUCGCAUACAAGAAUAUCAGAAGAACAGGGAGGUCGGAUGAAUGUGUUUUUGGAUUCAAUGACAAAUCUUGGGGGUUAGAUUGUAACAACAAAAGUUAUUUAUUUUGGUCCAACGAUGUCCAAACUCCCGUCUCAGAUCCUGAGUCCUCCAAGGUAGUAGUGUACCUGGAUCACAGUGCAGGUAUUUUGUCCUUCUACAGCGUCUCUGAAACCAUGACUCUCCUCCACAGAGUCCAGACCACAUUCACUCAGCCACUCUAUGCUGGACUUCUGGUUAAUGGUUGUAAUGGAGCCUCUACUGAGUUGUGUAAACUGAAAUAGACAGAAGUCAUUUAAGGGUUAAAUUCUGUGUUUUAACUCUUCGACUUAUUUAGUCUCCAUGUUUGUUGCUGAGAGCUGAUUGUUGUGACACCUAAAGAGAGACAGAAACUGUCUAAUGGUUCUGGUUCUAUAAGUCCCAUAACAUAGGUAGAAACUGUCUGAUGGUUCUGUUUCUAGAAGGUAAGAUAGGUAGACUGAGGGGAAAUUACACAAAGUUGAAGUUAUUUUCAAACCUUCAAAGAGUUGGCUCUUUAACUCAAUAUGUUUGAAAUGUAUAUCUGAAUAUAAUUUGUUAAAUUGAUGUGUGUAGAACCACUGUAUAGUAUGUAACUGAGGCAGCUGUAAUGAUGUAUUUUGUUGUUCAGAUGAGAAUGUGCUGAAGGACAUUUUGGUUUUAUUGCUUUUUGUUUUUGUUUUGCAAAAGCGUCUGUUAAUGUCGGCAGCCAUUACGCUUGU